AAACGACACCGUUUUGAUCGUGUCAGUUCUAGACACUAUCUGAGUAUGCUCGUAAUUAAGAGAAAGAUAUGGGAUAGAACGAGACUCUACUUCUUCACUGUCUCACUCACUCCUAAUAAAUUAAAAAUCAGAGCCAAAUUCCUAUUUCGGAAAAAAAAAAUAUAUCAAUGGCGAUUUCUUCAAUUUCCAUAUUCUGUCAGCGGAGCAGCGUUCACCUAACCUUGAACAACGUCCUCCGUGGAGGAAUCCGAUGCUUCUCAAUAGCUGCAGCCAAACAGCAACACAAUCCAAACAGCGUAUCCAGGAAGCUCCACCAGCAACCAAACAAGAAACUCCUCAGAGCCAAACACACCUUCAAGGACUAUUCUUCACUCGCUCCUGUACUUUCUCCUAACGACAAACCACCGCUCUCGGACACCCAAGCCAUCGGCACCGUCGCCUCCGCUCAAGCCAACUUUAUGCGCGUCGUGGUUCAAUCCGAACACUCUUUUGGAAGCUUCGAAGAGGGUUCGGAUGAUUCUUCUAGAAUUGGAGUUGAGUUACUGUGUGUUGUUAAAGCUGUGUUGAAGAAGAUUAAGAGGAGGGUUUUGGUUGGGGAUACUGUUUUGGUUGGGUCCAUUGAUUGGGUGGACCGUAGGGGAAUGAUCGAGAAUGUGUUCCAGAGAAGCUCCGAGAUUCUUGAUCCUCCAGUAGCCAAUGUGGACCAUUUGCUUGUGCUCUUCUCUUUGGACCAGCCGAAGGUGGAGCCCUUUACGCUCACUAGGUUUUUGGUUGAAGCCGAGUCCACUGGGAUUCCUCUUACGCUCGCUUUGAAUAAGGUGGAGCUAGUUGAUGAAGAGACAAUAGUUUUGUGGCAAUCUAAACUGCGAAGCUGGGGAUACAAACCAGUGUUUUGCAGUGUUGAAUCCAAAGUUGGACUUGAUUCCCUUGCGUUUAUUUUAAGAGAUCAAACCACUGUAAUUGUGGGUCCAAGUGGAGUUGGAAAGUCUAGCCUGAUCAAUGCUUUAAGAAACAGCCAACUUGCUUCAAAUGCUACAGACGAUAAUUGGUUUGAUACCAUUCUAGGAAGCAAAUGGUUAGAGGAUCAGCGGGUUGGAGAAGUUUCAACAAGAAGUGGCAGGGGGAAGCAUACUACUCGCAAUGUUUCCUUACUUCCAUUAGCUGGAGGAGGUUAUCUUGCUGAUACUCCAGGAUUUAACCAGCCUAGCUUAUUAAAAGUAACAAAGCAGUCUCUAGCACAAACUUUCCCAGAGGUCCGGAAACUGCUCAAUGCCAAUGAGCCUGCAAAAUGUUCUUUCAAUGAUUGCCUACAUCUUGGCGAACCAGGAUGCGUUGUCAAAGGGGAUUGGGAAAGAUAUCCAUUUUACUUUCAACUCCUUGAUGAGAUAAGAAUUAGGGAGGAAUUUCAAUUAAGGACAUUUGGAACCAAAAAAGAAGGUGACGUAAGGUACAAGGUGGGAGACAAAGGAGUUCAACAAGCAGAACCGAGGUUGGAACUAAAGAAGCAUAGGAGACAAUCUCGUAAGAGAAUUAACCAGUCAUUUCUCGAUGAAUUAGAUGAGCUGGAUGAGGACGACGAAGAUGGCGAAAACUUACUAGACCUGGAGAAUCAUUCUGUAAAUUGAUCACCUGGGAGUGAAAGACCAAGCAUUGUACAUAGAUACGAAGAAGACCUUGUUUUGUUUGAGAAAAGGAAUGCAUGCCACUCAAGCAAAGUGUGCAAUGCAACUGCUAGAGACCAGAUCUUGACUCAUUAUGUUCAUAGACCUCAGUACUAAUACCUAUCCGGUGUUAAACAGAAGAAACCAACUCUUUUAUUUUCCAAUAAUAAAUUGGGAUGCCUUACAUAAUGCCUUA